GUUGCAGAAAAAAGUCGCACUUGAUUUGCAAAAUCUUUGCAACUCCUUUUGCUGAUAAUGAGGAUGGGUCAGAGCAAGUCCAUCUCCACUUCUUUGUUUCUGCUGCUGCUGCUGCUGCUUCUUCAAAUUUUGCACCCAACACCCAUUACAGCUCAAGAAGUUGAGGACGAAAGGGAAUUUGAUUAUCUGAAAGAUAGUGAGAAAGGACCAAAGCAUUGGGGAGAGCUUAGGGAAGAAUGGGCAGCAUGUAAAAAUGGGACACUGCAAUCUCCGGUAGAUUUGCUUAGUGAGAUCGUGGAAGUACACCCCAACAAAGGGGAGGUGAGGCUCAAGUACAGGCCUUCAAAUGCAACAAUCAGGAAUAGAGGCCAUGACAUUUCGAUCCAGUGGAAGCUAGGUGAUGCUGGAUCCAUGGAGAUUAAUGGCACAGAUUACUGGCUAGAUCAAUGCCACUGGCACUCACCAACUGAGCAUACAAUUAACGGUAAAAUAUUUGACCUGGAGCUUCAUAUGGUUCACCUCAUUCCUGAUGCAAAGGUCGAAAACAACAUAGUUGUGGUUGCAUACCUCUACAAAAUUGGCAAGCCUGAUAAGUUUCUCUCCGAGGUAAGCAAAGAUAUCAAGAGCAUGAUUGAUGUAAAGGAAGAGAGACACAGAGGGUUGGUUGAUCCAAGAAAUGUGAGGAAGGGUGGCGCAAAAUUUUACAAGUACAAAGGCUCACUGACUGUACCUCCUUGCACUGAAGGAGUAACUUGGAUCAUACACAAAAAGUUAACUACUGUAUCAAGAGAGCAAAUGGAGUUGCUUCGAGAAGCCGUUCAUGACUCCGCAGAACUGAAUGCAAGACCAUUACAAGCUCUGAAUCGCCGAGAUGUGCACUUCCAUGGCCCUGAGUCUCACAUAAGGGAUUAAGGACUUGCUUCCACAGACAUACCAGCUGCAUCAACUCUAGAAUGUACAUGGAUUUGAUUUACUCUGUGACAGAGGUUUUUGUGUAAUAAGAGGUGCAGUUCCCAUUUGUACUGGCAUUUUUUGUUUGUUUUGUUUUAAGAAAUAGUCUGGUCAUUUUAUUGAUAAUAAUAUAAAAGAUAUAACUUGUAG